AUGAGUAUGCAAGAAAAUAAAGUGAUAGAUGAAGCAUUGUUACAUCUCUUCAUUUGGGAUUAUCAGCCGUUGAGUAUAGUGGAAGAUAAAGGAUUUUUAAAAUAUACAAAUGCUUUAAAUCCUUCGUACAAAGCACCUAGUCGGAAAACAAUAUCAGCCAGUUGGAUACCAUCGGCUUCCACCGCCUGCAGGGAGAAAUUAAUGAAACAAGUACAGCGAGAAGCUAUGAGUGUAUGCCUCACAACUGAUACGUGGACUUCUUCCGUAAAUAAUAGUUACAUAGCGAUAACUAUUCAUUACACUACAUCAGAAUUAGGAUUCAAAAAGGUACUUUUAGAAUGUGGUCACUAUAGUGAAAAACAUACAGGUGAACUACUAGCUAGCCAAUUAAAAACACGAUUGAAGCAUGAGGCUUCACCGGAAAAGUAG